CCUUCAGUCUUGCACAGGUGUACCGGCUCCUCCCCUUCAGCUUUGCACAGGUGUACUUGCUCCUCCCCUUCAGUCUUGCACAGGUGUAGCGGCUCCUCCCCUCAAUUCUUGCACAGGUGUACCGGCUCCUCCCCUCCAGUCUUGCACAGGUGUACUGGCUCCUCCCCUUCAGUCUUGCACACUCCUCCCCUUCAGUCUUGCACAGGUGUAGCGGCUCCUCCCCUUCAGUCUUGCACAGGUGUAGCGCUCCUCCCCUUCAGUCUUGCACAGGUGUAGCGGCUCCUCCCCUUCAGUCUUGCACAGGUGUAGCGGCUCCUCCCCUCCAGUCUUGCACAGGUGUAUUGGCUCCUCUCCAGGACUGAAAUGGCUUACUCUGAUGUCACUGCACACUGUGAGCUUCUCACAAUGGCA